GAGAAAGAGUUGUGGAAGCCAUUUUUUGCUUUCAUUUCCUCAGAGCCUUACCUUUCGAAAUCAAAAUGACAGAAUCGUCUGACACUGAUAACAAUUUGACAAAAAAGAAACCUUUUUCCUUUCAAUUACGAAAGUACCUUCCUCCAUUUCUCUCCUUUAAAGCUUGUCGUUCAAGGUUUCAGUCUUUCCUUUCAAACCUCGAUUUUCCGCCAGAAAGGAUUUCUGGAAGGCGGGCAAGAGAAAGCCUAAGACCUGUUUUCGGUUAUCCAUACUUUUGUAUUUUUCGGUAAAUAUUAAAGCAAAAAAGUGAUGGCUGAAGAAGAAGUUACGGCGGUGCCGAUGACGAUGACGGAGCAAACCCCAGAACCGAAAAAGGUGGAAACCCUAGAAGCGCAAGGUUCAAAAGAAGCCACUAUCGAAUCUGCGGUUCGUGGAGGUACCGAGUCUACAUGCAAUAAUGAGAACAACACUGAAAGCUGUGGAAUUGCUCCGGAUAUUGGCCGAGCGAAGGCGCUGGAGUUGGCAGAUGAGUUGACGGAGAAAGGAUCCAAGGCUUUUAAAGAAAACGAUUUCACCCAAGCUGCCCAUUUCUUUCGCCGUGCCCUUGAAAUCAGGGGUUUGCAUCACGGUGAACUUGCAGUCGCAUGUCUCAACGUGUACUAUCUGUAUGGACGCGCAUUGCUGUGCAAGGCUCAAGAGGAGACUGGUCCUCUGGUUUCUGUUCCGGAAAAGGAUGGUGAGAUUCUGCAAGACUCAAACAAAGAGGGGCCGACCAAAAGUGCUGUAACUCGGGAAUCUUCAGUUGCUUCUGUAUCAAGCAAUUCGGAACAGGAUGGCAGUGAAAAAGACGAGGAUAGUGACGAUAGCGACACUGAUGAUGUGAUUGAAGCUGAAGCAAAUGAGGACAUGGAUGAAUCGGAAUUGGAUUUGGAUUUGGCAUGGAAAAUGCUAGAUACUGCGAGGGCAAUUGCUGAAAAACAGCAGUUGGGUGACACCAUGGAGAAAGUGGAUAUUUUAUCUGCAUUGGCUGAAGUUGACUUGGAAAGGGAGGACAUUGAAUCUUCACUUGGCAAUUACCAGAAAGCUCUAUCCAUUUUGCAACAGCUGGUUGAACCAGAUCACCGGCAAAUAGCUGAACUGAAUUUUCGGAUUUGUACGUGUUUGGAGAUUGACUCAAACCCCAAAGAAGCAAUUCCAUACGGUCAGAAGGCCAUCUCAGUUUGCAAGUCUCGGGUGCAACUGCUCACGAAUGAGAUAAUGAUUUCCCCUGGAUUAGCAUCAUCUUCAGCUGCCUCUGAAUUGGGUGACGGUGAACAACUGUCUAAGGGCUCUCCGACUGUUCUAUCUGUCAAAGAUAAAGAAGCAGAAAUUGACAAUCUUGUUGGACUUGCUGAAGACCUGGAAAAGAAGCUUGAAGAUCUAGAGCAGCUGAUCUCCGACCCAAAGUCAAUUAUUGCAGAAAUCCGGGGAAUGGCAUCUGGCAAGUCAAGGGGCGGUGAGAAUAAUGCAUCUCCUGCUGCAGUGAACUCUUCACAUAUGUCUCCUGCUAACAGCAAUGUAGAUCAUUUUGACUCUCCAACUGUUUCCACUGCUCAUACAAAUGGGGCCGUGGCGGUCACUCGUCUUGGCAUCGUAGGAAAAGGAGUGAAGCGUGUUUUGAUGAGUGCAGGUGCCGUAGAAUCGAGCUCAAUAAAGAAACCUACAAUUGGCCCAUAAUCUGAGGGAGGCGGCAUCAGUGCCUCCUGAUGUUGGGUCCUAGAUUUUGAUAAUGCCUAACUAGUAGUUAUCGGGGUCUGCCGUUGAAUCUUACCAUCUGUAGUAGCAAACUACAGUUUUGGUUGCCUGUAUUCAUAAUUGAUAUAUUCUGCUGUAAUAUGCUUCUGAAAAACUCUUACCAUUUUCGUGCAAAGCUCUCAUCAAGUAAUGUAUCUAAUAUGUAAUUGCGGUACAUCAAUGGUUAGAUAUAAUCAUUUCCCUACUUUUAAAA